GCAGUCGGGUGGAGUGUGUGGAGUUCCCCUUUGCAAAAGAAGAAAGGCACUCAAGGCAUUGGGUUGUUUUGGAAAAGGUUGUUGCUGUCUCUUUGGAUUAUGGUUCCCUUCUUGUCCUGACAUGGAACGGCUAUUCCUUUCCAGCCAGUAGAGAAUCCAUUGCAUCUGAUUUGUAAGCGACACAAACAGGAGUUAAAGGGUUCUCCAAGUGUUUACUUAGCAGGAUUACAGAGGAAUGAUCUUCCAGGGCCACGGAUAAGAAAGCUUAAGACAAGAUGGUUAGAUUGAGACGCAGGAAUCCGUCGCCCACUUUGCGCUGACUCUUCUGAAGGCCUUUCGUAUGGAGAGAAAAUCCAGAAGGAAGGGCACUCCGAGCCCAAGCACUGAAAGGGCAACAAAAGGCCUUAAAUGGCGUCUGAACAAAUCAGGACACGUCUAUUCUUCCAUUCCUCUAAAGUUCCACACCAAAGUGAUCCCCAAUUCCGAAAAGAAAGGUUUCAGUUCUCAGACGAAGAGAUUUCUGGAUCUCGACAAUGAAAAUCCAGGUCCAGGGUGCUAUAAUGUCGCCAAACAAUUGCCAAUUCAAAACAAUGUCUCCCAGUCCCUAAAAGGAACUUGUUUUUUCCCUUCAUUGAGCAGCCGCAUCGCCCGCCAGAGGAUCCCCAGCUACCCUGCUUCCAACGCCUACAACCUCCCUCCUACAUUGCAGUCCAAGCAAGACUUCAGCCUGGGAUAUUCCAGCAUGUUUCAGCAACCGAUUGCUAGGAAAAUAUACAAACGACCCACCCCUGCGCCCAACCAAUACAAUGUCUCCUUGGACUUCUGCCGGCAGAGGAGCCACACGGGAGUCAAAUCGGUGUUCACCUCCAAAACCCAAAGGUCACUGACGUUCCUUGGGAAAGAGCGAGUCCCUUCACCCUGUCAUUACCAAAUUAAGGACUCCUUCAUUCGCCAGGCGCCGACGGUGUUGGUGUCCUGCUUCAAGUCCAAAACGAGACGUGAAACCAAACCGGAAACCCUGGGACCCGGACCUGCAGCCUAUCAGUGGCCGCCCGAAAGUCCAAGGACCGUGCCCGAAAGGUUCCCUGGACUGCGGAAAUAUGGCUUGAAUUUCUCAGCCCCGCCGCUUCCUCGUCCCAAAAGUCCUCCUUCUCCUGGACCCGGACAGUAUGAAAUAGUUGACUUCAAUGGACCGUCUAAGCAUUACAUCUCCAGCGCCGUAUUUGUCUCCAACACAGGCCGCUGGUCAGGAGAUAAUUUCCACCAAGAUGUACCAGGCCCAGGGACGUAUGACCUUCCCAUCUCACGGAAGCAAUCCUUCAUCUACAAUCUCUCCAAUAAAUGGUUGCCCGUAUCGUGAAACGCUGGAUCCGGCAAUAUUGGCUUGGUUGAACAUUUUGUUAUUUUGUAUUACGCUGUUAGAAACGAACUCUGAAAUCUUCAUUUACUAAUUUAAGAAAAUGAAAACUGCAUCCAGUAAUCUGCAAAGAAGAAGAAGAAAAAAUGUCCAGGCAUUUGGAAGCGUGCAUUUCCUCCAAAUUUGUCAAUGGAUCUCAUUCACAUUU